AUGUCAACCACUACCCACGUGACCGUCCUAGGAACGAUCUUCCUCCUCCUCGCUGUCUCAUGCACAAGCGCUACAGCGUUUAGUAUCUUUCUCGACGACCCUUGCACGGCGACGGAUUAUCCCGCACUGUGCAGAGGCACCAUAGGGGCUCAAAAGAAUGUGAACGCAGCUACGGAUGUGGCCAUAAGAGAGCUAAUGAAGAGGACGAGGCAAGCCAGAGAUAUCGCCAAGAAAGAGAUGAAAGUACUUGACGGUGGUGUUUCGACUUGUUUGUCCAACUUCAACAGCGCGUUUGACAAUUUGGACAAGGCUCUUAAGAACAUUAAGGAAGGUGAUCGUUUUAGCCUUAACAUCAACCUUAGUGCUGCGUUGACGGACUACGAUACUUGUAGCGAGACAAUGAAGGGAGCUCGUGGGGAUAACGUUGUUUAUAAAUCCGCAGGGGUUUUGUACAAGAUGGCUGAUAAUUGUUUGGCUCUUGCUACCCUUGUUGUAUGA